AUGGCAAGUAGCAAUAGUGCAUUGAGUGUGGCACAACCACUCAUUCCUGUCUUCAAGGGAGAAAGCUACGAAUUCUGGAGUAUCCGUAUGAAAAGUAUACUCAAAUCUCAAGAUCUUUGGGACCUGGUAGAAAGUGGAUUUGUAGAUCCCAACGAAGAAAACAAACUGCGAGGCAACAAGCAAAAAAUUGCUAAAGCGUUGGUAUUUAUUCAGCAGGAUGUUCAUGAUAGUGUUUUUUCACGGAUAGCAACAGUAACCACAUCCAAACAAGCCUGGACGAUUCACAAGAAAGAGUUUCAAGGCGAUUCAAAAGUCAUUGUGGUGAGACUGCAAUCACUUCAACAUAAUUUUGAAAUCUUGAUGAUGAAAAGUGGAGAAUCCAUUGCUUGUUUUUCGUCAAGAGCAACGACAAUUGUCAGUCAAAUGCAAUCCUUCGGAGAAAAGGUAACUGAUCAGAUCAUUGUGGAAAAUGUAUUGCGAAGCCUAACUCCAAAAUUCGAUCACGUAGUUGCUGCGAUAGAAGAAUCCAAGGAUCUAUCCGUCUUUUCCUUUGAUGAACUCAUGGGAUCUCUUCAAGCUCGUGAGAUGAGAAUUAAACAAUCCACAGAAAAGAAUGAAGAUAAGGCAUUCCAAGUUGAAGAUUCAGCCACCAAAUAUGGAGAAAAUAAUGGUCCAGGUCGAGGAAGACGAGGAUUUUGCGGUGGUCGAGGUCGUGGUUAUAGAAGGGGCAGAGGAAGGAAUGAUGGACAAAGGAAGUCCAAUGACUACAGAAAACAAGGAAAAGAUUAUCUUUUUAUGGCUUGCAUUGAUAUAGACCAUAAGCCAAAUGAUUAUUGGUUUGUAGACGGUGGUUGUUCAAAUCAUAUGACAGGUGUCAAAUCUUUGUUCCAUGAGCUUGACGAGAAGCUAAUUAAAAAGGUGCAUCUUGGAAAUACAAAAGAGUUACUAGUUGAAGGAAAAGGCAUGACUAAGUCCUUAGGUGGAAGUCGUUAUUUCUUGUUGUUUAAUGACGAUUAUAGUCGCAUGAGUUUGGUGUAUUUUCUGGAAAACAAGUCAGAAACUUUUGAAAAGUUUCAGAUGUUUAAAGCUUUGGUAGAGAACCAAAGUAGUUGCACUAUCACUGUUCUUCUCACAUAUAGAGGAAGAGAGUUUGUGUCCAACAAAUUCAAUUUGUUUUCUCAAAAAAAUGGCAUUCAUAAGGAGUUAACAACUCCUUAUACCCCAGAGCAAAAUGGCUUCGCUGAAUGGAAGAACCGGACGGUGGUGAAGAUGGCAAGGAGCAUGUUGCAAGCAAAGGAACUCGCAAAUCAGUUUUGGGCAGACUCUGUGGCAGCAUCUGUUUAUUGCUGA